GCUCCAUUGCCUCUCCCCUCCAAACACCCUCUCCUUGCCGGUCCUCGGCCAGCUUCAGAUCAAAAUGUUGGCUAGAUCGAGCCUCCGCUCGGCGCGCACCGUCGGUGCCGCCGCCCGCAACUCUGCCAGCAGAAUCGGCGCUGUACGUCCGGCCAUCCCAUCUGCCUACGCCGCAGCCUGCAUCGCGGGGCCAUCAUCAAUUGCUUGCUGCGAGAGCUGUAGCUGACCCUGCGAUCCCGUAGCGCCCCGCUUCGACCUCUUCCGGUGCCGCCGAGGAAGCCGCCUCUAGGAAGAACACCCUCGCUGGCUCCGCCGCUACCGCCGUCGCCAUCGGUUCCAUCGGCUGGUACUACCAUCUCUACGGUCGCAAUGUGCACGCCAUGACUCCGGCGGAGGAAGGUCUCCACCCCACUCAGUACCCUUGGGAGCAUGCCAAGUGGAACAAGACCUUCGACCACCAGGCUCUCCGCCGUGGCUUCCAGGUCUACCGUGAGGUCUGCGCUUCCUGCCACUCCCUCCAGCGUGUGCCUUACCGGGCUCUUGUCGGUACCCUGAUGACCACCGACGAGGCCAAGGCCCUUGCCGAGGAGAACGAAUACGACACCGAGCCCAACGACCAGGGUGAGAUCGAGAAGCGCCCGGGAAAGCUCUCCGACUACAUGCCCAGCCCCUACAAGAACGACGAGGCUGCUCGCGCCGCCAACAACGGUGCUCUGCCCCCCGAUCUCAGCUUGAUGGUCAAGGCCCGCCACGGUGGCUGCAACUACAUCUUCAGCCUGUUGACCGGCUACCCUGACGAGCCCCCUGCGGGCGCUGUUGUCCAGGAGGGCCUGAACUUCAACCCCUACUUCCCCGGUACCGGUAUUGCCAUGGGUCGUGUUCUGUUCGACGGUCUCGUCGAGUACGAGGACGAAACCCCUGCCACGACCUCGCAGAUGGCCAAGGACGUUGUUGAGUUCCUCAACUGGACCGCCGAGCCCGAGAUGGACGACCGCAAGAAGAUGGGCUGGAAGGUUCUGGCGAUUGGCACCACGCUCUUCGCUCUGAGCAUCUGGGUCAAGAGGUACAAGUGGUCCACCAUCAAGACCAGGCAGCUUGUCUACAACCCGCCGGUUUCGGCUGCGGCCAAGAACCCGUCCAGCGGCCGUCCCCAGGUCCGGAUGAACGAGAGGCAGUAGACGGAUCGAGUAAUUGGGCGGGGAGGAAAGCGAACGGGGUUGGACGAAGCAGGCGUGUGCACGCCGGAUUGUACAGCACCAGAAGACAAAUGAGCGAUUUUUCUUUUGUUUGCGCGCUACCUAGAGGGGCGGGGGAGCCGCUCCAUGUUUUGUUGCCCUGUACUAUGAAAUGAAUUUGGUUACCCGACGUGGUGCGGACGUGCGCAGGGCUGGCGGCACGAGCGAGCGAGGUGGGAUUAAGGCCCCGGGUGGUAGAAUGAAACGGCAC